AUGAAGUUCUCCAGCAUCCUUUCCCUAGCCUCUUUGGCCUCAGCGGCUCCAUAUUUCCACAGCAAUGAAGGCUCUCCCGAUGCUCUAAGCGUAAAGCUCGAGAUGGUUGGUAAUUCUGACGUCAAGGCCAGCAUCACGAACAAUGGCAACUCCAAGCUCAGACUGCUCAAAACCGGGACAAUCCUCGGCAACACACCCGUCGAGAAGGUACAGGUGGCUCAGAAUGACCAGGAACUUGCCUUUGGCGGUAUCCAUCUGACCAUUGCAUAUGACAUGCUCGAGGACAGUGCAUUCCAAGACAUCGACGCCGGGCAGACAGCUGAGGUCACGUUCGACGUCGGGCAGAUCCGCGAUCUCUCGAGCGGCGGCACGUUUGACAUCUCGGCCACGGGCAGCAUCCCCUUCGCCAACCAGGGCUCCAACACCCUCGUCGGCGUCUUCCCCUACGUGUCGAACAAGAUCCAGGCCGACGUCGACGGCCAGCAGGCCGGCCGCUCCCGCCUGGUCCUCGACCAGAAGCGCACAAUCGUCAAGCCGGACUGCGUCGGCACCAACCUCACCGUCGUCAGGGCGGCCUUGAGGAACUGCGCCAGCCUGGCCCAGACUGCCACCCAGGCCGCGUCAUUCGGCCCGGACGCCCGCAUGCUGAAGUACUACAAGGCCGUCGACAAGGCCACCCGCGGGGUCGUCGCCGGCGUGUUCGAGAAGGUCAAGAACGAGUGCCUCACCUUCGACUCCGGGGUGUCCUCCCUCUACUGCUCCGACCGCUUCAACUCGUGCGCCGAGGGCGUCCUCGCCUACACCGUGGCCCAGGCCAGCUACAUGGUGUACUGCAACCUUUACCUCACCCGCCUGCCCCUAAACUCCCAGUCGUGCAAUGGGCAGUCCCAGUCGAACACCAUCGUCCACGAGGUUACGCACCUGAGCCAGAUCAAGGGCACAAACGACUAUGGCGGAUACGGAAUCGCCUCGGUUCAGAACUUGACUGCUGCGCAGAAUAUCAACCACGCUGACACGUAUGCCCUCUUUGCGCAGAGCAUAUUCGCUGGGUGCUAG